AUGGCGGCCUCUGAUGACCUGGUCGACUUCAACAUUAUCGAAAACCAGAAGGAAAACAUUCAAUCACUCCCCGGUGGUCGAUCAGCAAGAGAGCUUGCCCGCAUCUUUUCUGCUGGCAGCAGCAGUGACAAGAUUCCAGCGCCGUCUCCGAACGCGACAAGGACCCUCAACGAUGCCGUACGAGAAGAAUUUGAAGGGGAACUACAGUCGAUUGGAGAAUCAGACGACCCGCUCGACGUUUACGACCGCUACGUUAAAUGGACCCUAAACGCCUACCCAUCUGCACAAGCGACCCCAGAGUCCGGUCUCCUUCCUUUGUUGGAGCGGGCCACGAAGUCUUUCCUCUCAUCAUCACACUAUAGGAACGACCCGAGGUAUCUACGUUUAUGGCUCCAUUACAUUCGGCUUUUCUCCGACGCCCCGCGCGAAACAUUUGCAUUCCUCGCACGUCAUCGCAUUGGUGAAAGCCUGGCUCUCUUUUACGAGGACUUUGCUGGGUGGCUGGAAGGUGCUGGACGUUGGGCACAAGCCGACGAAGUAUACAGGCUCGGCAUGGACCGUGAAGCGCGACCAGUCGAGAGACUGGCACGAAAGUACAGCGAGUUCCAAGAUCGAUACGAACAACGACCACAAGAUGCAGGGCCAUCCUCACCUGCUUUGCCGGCCGUCCGACCAGCGCUGGCCGCCAAAACGGAUCCGUUCGCCUCAUCAGAAAGCCCUGUCGACCAACAAGCUACACGACCAUCCCCUUCGGCUGCCCCCAAGACGAAAUCCGGAAAGCCAAAGAUGGCCAUUUUCUCAGACGCCGAUUCCGCUGCGCCAGGCCCAGCAACUGGUGGAGCGACAAAGGGUUGGGACAGCAUUGGAUCGAUUCGGGACCGCAAGAAGGAGAACGAAAUGGAGGCUAAGCCAUGGGCUGGAGAAACAUUGAAGGCUGGAAAGAAAGCAGCGCCAUCGCAGAAGAUGGCGAUUUUCAGAGACGAGUCCAAACCAGAUUUAUCUACCAAAGAACCAAUUCCUCCCAAGCAAGUACCGGAACAUCAUGUAAGGGAAGCGGUAAACCCGCGCACCGGCCGCCGAGAGCGUGUAUUUGUCGACUUGGAAUCAGUAUACCCGGAUCGAAAAAACCCGGCCCAUGAGAUGAGUUUCGAAGAGCUCAGAUCUAUCAGGCGUGGGUGGAUGGACAAGAACUGGAAAAAACAGAAAGAGCCCUUGCAACAAAUUUCGGGGAAUGCCAAUGCAUCAGAGGAGCUACCGGAGCACCUGAUUGACAACCUGACGAUAAAUGGAAAUUUCCAGUCUCACGAUCAAGAUGGCGGCAAAUCAGGCAAAUUAAGACGCAUCGAGGUCAAAGGGGAAACGACACAGACCCAGACCGUCAAGAUGAAGUUCGACUCGCCCUCCAAGUCAAAAUCCAAAUCCCGGAGAAAGAGCACCAGAGAACCGACAAUGACCAUGCAUACUCGCGCGGCGACUGAUGAGAUCUAUAGCAUCUUCAAUCAGCCAUUGAAGGCAGAAACCGAAGCAGAUGCCGAUAGCUUCUGCGGUAGUGACUACGAGGACGAGGAUUGCGAUAGCACCGGAACAGGUCAUAUUUCAGCAGCGUCAAGCGACUUUGGUGAUGACGAAACCCAAACAACAUUCCACAGAUCCUACGAUGACACUGAAUUUGCCGACACUACACGGGCUGAUAGUGCUGAUGGGGGCGAUUGGACAGAAUUUGACCCCAACCGCGACAUCCCUGGAAUGGACAAUGACGAGCUGACGUCUCAAUCCGUCGUGAGUGAAGAAGCAGCUAGUUCUUCGCAUGGCACACCAGAGAGGAAAGUAUUCGUGCCAGAGAUGCCCGAGGAUUAUGCUCCACCAUGGGGAACUUACCGUGACCCUGCUGUCAUGGCCCAGAACCGCCUUCCUUUCAUGACUCCAAUUGUGGAACGGACGGAAUGCUCAAUUCCUUCCCUGACAGCCGCCCGGAAUAGCAUGUACAAUGCGAAAACACCUUCCAAGCCUCGAUCACCCGCCGCGGAUCUCUUGCUUGAUAGCCCCUUGGGAGAAGAGGAUCAUACAUUCGCAUAUACGGCAGAUGUUCCAUUCAGCCCAACAGCUUUCAAGGCGCUUGCGCCUAAAUUACGGAGACGGGAAGCGAUCAUCAGAGACUCGCAGUGCAAUCCAACUGACAAGGGCAUUCGCAACACGAUUCUUAAUUCUUUGGAACCGCCACUUGACACAUACACCGGAUAUCAUGACCACGUUGAAGACAGCAACUACGCUUCGAUGAUUCAGAAAUUUGUAAAAACUAAUACUAGGAGAUCCAAGAGUGGCGAUGAGAGAUUUGAUACACCAAUUCUUGAAUUCCCAGGAGCCGAACGAAGCUACAUUGUUCGACGUGAGCUUGGAGCUGGUGCAUACGCUCCGGUAUACCUAGCAGAGAGCGUGGACAGUCUUGAAUCCUACCAUUCCGAUUCCGACGACGGUGCCAGUCCCAAGGGCAAAGACUUUCGCCCGAAAUUGAACGCCUAUGAUACACCCCGUUAUCCCUUGGAGGCAGUCAAGGUUGAGAAUGGACCAUCCAGUGCCUGGGAAUUCUACAUGAUUCGCGCCGCCUACGAACGUCUCCGGCAAUCUGUAGAUUAUGCACGCGCCACAGACAGCAUUGUUCGUGCACACGAGUUGCAUGUGCAUAAACGGGAGAGCUUCUUGAUAGAAGACUAUCGCGGACAAGGCACCCUGCUCGACCUGGUCAAUAUCGUGCGCAACGAGUCUAUCAGCGCCAAUCAUACCUCCGAAGGUGGUCUAGAAGAGGCACUGGCAAUGUUCUUCUCCAUCGAGCUAUUCCGAACUGUCGAGGGACUCCACGCGAACGGAGUUCUUCAUGGUGACAUCAAAGCUGAUAACUGUCUUGUCCGUCUCGAUGACUCCAAUUCCAACGAACCUCCCACUAGAGGUCUUUCCCUGCUUGACCUCAGCGCCGAUGAGUCUCCCUUCGAUCCCCGUGAAGGCCCUCACUAUUCUCCAAGUGGAUACCACGGCUGGAAACAAAAAGGAGUUGCAUUGAUUGACUUUGGUCGCGGUAUUGACAUGCAAGCUUUCUCUCCGAAUGUGCAAUUUAUCGCCGACUGGGAAACUGGCACACACGAAUGCAACGAGAUUCGCGAAGCCAGAACCUGGACCCACCAAAUCGAUCUAUACGGUAUUGCCGGCGUUAUCCACGUCCUUCUUUUCGGAAAAUACGUUGAGUCCACACCCGUUGGCAACGAUGAGAACUCACCGUCGGGGUCUUCGCGCACCUACCGCAUCCGUGAAUCUCUGAAGCGCUACUGGGACCGUGAAAUAUGGGCCGGUGUCUUCGAUCUUCUAUUGAACCCAGGCGCUGAACGCUGGCAGCGUAUUGAGCGCGAGAAUGGACCACCAGACAUUGCUCUGUCUACGGCACCUAUUCUUCCUGUGCUACAUUCCAUGCGUCAUGUCCGCUGUAGCAUGGAAGAGUGGCUUCUUGCGCAUGCUGAAAAGAAGAACCUUGCUCUUCAGCUCCGUAAGAUCGAACACCUUCUGGCGGAGCGGAAGAAGAAGUUGGAGAAGUGA